AUGCUGGACGAGGUCCAACUGCGGGAGUUCUAUGAGUUUGUCUACCCCGUCGAGCUCGUGACGCAGUGGCUGUCGUACAACUUCUCCACUGCGGGGAGGACGGCCGACGCAGCCGGCGCCGCGGACAGCGACGGCGCCGCCCUCGGUCCCCUGCUGUCGGAGGAGGCCGCCAAGAAGGAGCAGCGCAACAUCGCCGCGGAGGGUUAUCUUGCGCGGCGGGAGUUCUGCUUCACGCUUCUCGGUGACAUCUUUACACGCUUCCGAAGCUACGGCAACACGGCGGAGCUGCGACGCGACCUCAUUCGUUGCUACCCAGAGAAGAUUGACGUUGGCGCAGUCUACACCAUUCGACCCAAUCAGAAACAGAGCGCCUCAAGCAUUAUUCCCCUUGAGCGUGAACUUGUGUUUGACAUUGACAUGAGCGACUACGAUAGUGUACGGUCCUGCUGCAGUGGAAAGUCUAUUUGCAGCUACUGUUGGACGUGGAUGGCCUGUGCGGCCCACUUGCUGCGCAGAAUUCUCGAGGAGGACUUUGGGUUUCGUUACAUUCUGCCCGUGUUCUCUGGUCGACGCGGCAUUCACCUAUGGGUAUGUGACAAGCGAGCCUGCAAGAUGCACGACGACGAGCGUUCUGCGCUGGUGGGGUACUUGACGGUGGUGGUUCCCAAGGCCUCUCGCCAGGCUGUUGUGGCGGACUUUGUUAACGGCAAACCCAUUCACCCCACCAUUCGCUGUGUGCAGCGUGACAUCAUUGACCCAGCGUUUACCCGGCUCUUUUUGGAGUCCCCGGAGUCGAACCCAAACAGCGUACUGCACCCGAGAGGGGCCAGUGUUGUUUACACUGCAAUCGCUGCGGCGCUUAAAAUGGGUUCACGCCGUGACGUGGAGCAACGGUUUCUGCAGCACGUUCCCUUUGAGGAGGGCAAUAUACUGGACUGGGGUUACGUGAUACGGGCAUUGGGGGACGCCGCGGAGAAGGUCACGGCCGCGGCGCAGCUUCUGGUGAUGUACCCAAGGCUCGACGAGCACGUCACGACACGGCGGGACCACCUUUUGAAGCUGCCGUUUUGCGUGCACCCCGGCACGGCAUCUCUCUGUUGUCCGCUUGAGUGGGACAGUCUUGCCUCCUUCAACCCGCUCACCGACGCCCCAAAGCUGCAGGAGAUGCUGUUGAGCCGUCAGAUGGAUUUAAAGUGGCUGCAGCCGUUGCGGAGCAUGCUGCAGGAGAUGAGUCUCGACCCCGAGGAGGAGCGUUAG